GGUAAGACGCAGAGGUAAUUUGCGCUUCGCUAGUGAAGAUCUGUGCUUCGCUGCUCCUCGUACUGCAACCUACUGGCUUCGGAGUUACGAUGAACCGUAAAUCCCAGCAUCCGGCCUCCUACCUAAUAGAUCCAGACGUCGCCGUUAGAGGUCGGGGUCAGUUGACAUUGAAUGAUGUGGCCAUCAAAUUCUCUCAGGAGGAGUGGGAAUGCCUGGACCCUGCUCAGAGGGCCUUGUACAGGGACGUGAUGUUGGAGACCUACAGGAACCUGAUCUUUGUGGAUUUAAUUGAUAUUUAUAGGACAUUCCAUCCAAAAACAGCAGAUUACACUUUCUUCUCAAGUGUACAUGGAACAUUCUCCAGGAGAAUGAGCCGCGCGAACAGGGGCCACGGACGCGCGGUGGUCGUGGUGCACAGGCGCCCCGGCCUGCAGGCGUCUCCAGCAGACGCCUCCAGUACACGCAGACGAGUCCUUGGACUUGGAGGAGGCGGCCACGGCAAGCAGAGGCUGUGGAAACCCGGAACGAUUCUGCCUUCAUACUUGGCAUUGACUCAGAAUUCCUUGAGUCCUGGUCAGACGCUGUGA